AUGUUAGGUUUAGGUGGUGGAAGAAAGCCGAAGCACUCGGAGAAUAACCACCGGCCUGCAGCCAGUACCUGGCCCGGAGGUGACCAAAUAAAGAAACAGAAGACAGUCGGAGGUGACCGAAUAGAGAAACAGAAGACAGCCAGAGGUGACCAAAUAGAGAAACAGAAGACAGCCGGAGGUGACCGAAUAGAGAAACAGAAGACAGCCAGAGGUGACCAAAUAGAGAAACAGAAGACAGCCAGAGGUGACCAAAUAGAGAAACAGAAGACAGCCAGAGGUGACCAAAUAGAGAAACAGAAGACAGCCAGAGGUGACCAAAUAGAGAAACAGAAGACAGCCAGAGGUGACCAAAUAGAGAAACAGAAGACAGCCAGAGGUGACCAAAUAGAGAAAAAGAAGACAGCCAGAGGUGACCGAAUAGAGAAACAGAAGACAGCCAGAGGUGACCAAAUAGAGAAACAGAAGACAGCCAGAGGUGACCGAAUAGAGAAACAGAAGACAGCCAGAGGUGACCAAAUAGAGAAACAGAAGACAGCCAGAGGUGACCAAAUAGAGAAACAGAAGACAGCCAGAGGUGACCGAAUAGAGAAACAGAAGACAGCCAGAGGUGACCGAAUAGAGAAACAGAAGACACAAUGA